AUGAAGAUCGCAGAUCGAACUUUCCUCAUCAGCGGCGGUGUCUCAGGCCUCGGUCUCGCUACAGCACGCGCACUCCACGAACAAGGCUCAUACGUUUCACUGCUUGACCUCAACGCUGACAACGGUGCCAAGAUCGUCUCCGAACUCGGUUCUCGCGCAAAGUUCUUCGAAACCGAUGUCUCGGACACACAAGCCAUCGCCGCAGCAGUACAAGGAACAGUAGCAUGGGUAAAAGAGACGGGGAAAGAGAUUGGAGGUGUAAUAGCUGGAGCAGGUGUGGGAAUGCCUGGGUUGAUCAUUGAUAAGAAGAAUGAGCCGCUCAGUAUCGAAAGCAUCGAUUUUGUACUCAAUAUCAACUUGAGGGGCACGUUGGAUUUGAUCCGUCAAUCGCUGCCAUAUAUGACUACUGCUACGCCCUCCAGCCCCGAUGGCUCCCGUGGUGUCAUUAUCAUGAUCGCUUCCUCUGCUGCAUUUGACGGUCAGAUGGGUCAAGUCGCAUAUGCAGCUUCCAAAGGCGCUGUUGCCUCUCUCACUCUUCCACUCGCCCGCGAUCUGUCAAAGUAUGGUAUACGCGCCGUAACGAUAGCGCCGAGCAUGUUCGAUAGCGCCAUGACGCGAAUGAUGAGCGACAAGGUCAGGAAGAGUCUCGAACACAGUAUGGAGUUCCCCAAGAGGGCGGGGUUGCCUGAGGAAUUUGCGAGGUUGGUGGUGGAGUGUGUAGGCAAUGAGAUGCUGAACGGGACCGUGUUGCGGUUGGAUGGCGCCAUGAGAAUGCCAGCAAGGCUUUAG